AUGUUCCGCCACACGCUCCGCGUCGCCCGCCGGUCGCUGACGCAUGCGGCACCGCUGCUCGCCAUGCAGCGCUCCGCGCUGCCAGCUAUCCAUGGCCUCUCGCAUGCGGCGCUGCAACCGCGCGCGAUCCUGCCAGCGUGGACGCACGCGUUCUCGACGUCGGCUGCACCGAGCGCUGCGGCGUGGGAGUCGUCGGACCGCAAGUACCUCGAGCGCCGCCUCAAGAGCUUUGGGCGUAGCUUCGAAGUCAAGUCGAUGGCACUGGCCGCGGGGGUGAGCCCGGCCGAGUGGGCGCCGGCGACCGCGCAGUUUCGCCGCUCGCUGCUCAGCACCCCAUCGCAGCACUUCCAGUCGAACGAAGAGAUGCUCGCGUUCCUCUCCGACAUUCGAGACAAGAGCAACACGGGGCCGGUGCUCUUUUACCCGCUCUUCCUUACGUUUGCGCGCAUGAACGGCUUUGUCAACGAGCUCAGCACGGACAGCAUUGCGUCGCUGCAAGAGCUCACGGAUCUCCGCCUCCCGCACACGUGGUUCCCCAAGGCACGCGCGCUCCAGCGCAAGAUCAUCUACCACGGCGGCCCGACCAACAGCGGCAAGACGUACGAAGCGCUGCAGCGCCUCAAGAUGGCCGAAGACGGCGGCGGUCUCUACUGCGGCCCGCUGCGGCUCCUCGCGCUCGAGAUUUACGAGACGCUCAACAUGGCCGGCGUGUACACGUCGCUCGUGACGGGCGAAGAGAAGCGCGAGGUGCCCAUGUCGACGCACGUCGCGUGCACCGUCGAAAUGUGCAGCGCCGGCCAAUCGUACGACGUGGCGGUCAUUGAUGAAAUCCAAAUGAUUGGCGACCCGGAGCGCGGCUGGGCGUGGACGCGCGCGCUCUCGUGCUUGCAAGCCAAAGAGAUUCACGUCUGCGGCUCCAUGGAAGCUGUCGACCUCGUGCGCAAGUUUGCCCAAGUCACGGGCGACGAGUUUGAGCUCAAGACCUACGAGCGCCGAAGUCCGCUCUCGAUUGAAAAGGCGGCGCUCGGGUCGUACGCCAAGAUCCGCAAGGGCGACUGCGUCGUCGGCUUCUCGCGCCGCCGCGUGUUUCAAAUCAAACACGAGAUCGAAAAGGCCACGGGGCUCCGGUGCUGCAUCAUUUACGGCCAGCUCCCGCCCGAGACACGGUCGCAGCAAGCGCGCUUGUUCAACGAGCCCGACAACGGCUACGACGUGCUCGUGGCGUCGGAUGCGAUCGGGAUGGGUCUCAACCUCAACAUCCGCCGCAUCGUCUUUGAUAGUGUGCUCAAGUUUGACGGCGCCGACAUGGUCGAUAUCAGCUCAUCCUUGACCAAGCAGAUUGCGGGCCGCGCCGGGCGCUCGGGCAGUGACUACAACCACGGCCUCGCGACCACGCUUGCGCCCAACGACCUCUCGUUCGUCCAGGGCGCGUACCACGAAGCGCCGUCUGCGCUCACGGCCGCGGGUCUCUUCCCGACGUCGGAGCAAAUGGUUGAGUUUGCCAAGCAGAUGCCCGAGACGACCGAUCUCGGCCAGCUCCUCGACAAGUAUGUGUCGCUCGCGCGCCUCGACGGUGCCUACUUUAUGUGCAAGUUUGCCGACAUCAAGCAGGCGGCCGCGCUCCUCGUCGACUUCAAGAUGGACUUGCAGGAGCGGUUCACGUUUUGUAUGGCGCCCGUGAACCUCCGCAACCCCCUCUCGCGCAAGAUCUUUACCGAUUACGCCAUGGCGCACAGUGAAGGCCGCGAAGUGCCCCUCGAUAUCUUCCUGCCUCGGUUUGCACCCAAGAACGAACUCGCGCUCCGCGACGUCGAGAUCAAGGCCAAGAUCAUUGACGUAUACCUCUGGCUCUCGUACCGGUUCCCCGAGACGUUCAAGAUGCAGGCGCAGGCGAUUGAGCUCAAGACCAAAGUCCUCGAGCUCGUCGAGCAAGGUCUCGUGAACGUGACGUACAGCAAGGAAAAGGAGUCGGCUGCGAAAACCAAGCGCGGCGCGUGGAACGAAGACCGCACCAAGUUCAUUCGAUUUGCCAACUAA